CCCAUGGCCGUGGUGACAAGAGAGUUCUGUCAUACCUUCAAAAAGUGAAUUACACAUGUGACACUGGUUAUAGUAUAAAUGGAUCUGAAGAAGCAACUUGCAGUGCUACUGGAACUUUGACGGAGCUGAAACCCAUCUGUAACAUUGUAAAUUGCACAGUGCCGACACUCACGAAUGGCAAUGCAGACAAGACAAUGGUGUCCUAUCCUCAGAGUGUGAACUACACGUGUAAUACUGGUUAUAGAAUGAAUGGAUCUGCCACAGCAAUGUGCAGUGCUGAUGGAACUCUACAAAUACCUACUUGCAACAUUGUAAAUUGUACAGCACCCACACUCCUACAUGGCAGUGCAGACAAGAAAACUGUGUCAUACCUUCAACAUGUGAACUACACGUGUAAUACUGGUUAUAUAAUAAAUGGAUUUGCAACACCAGCAUGCAGUGCUGAUGGAACUCUACAAAUGCCUUCUUGCAACAAGUGUGCGGACACGGACCCGUGUUGCGUGAACAAGCGCAUCGUGACACGCCGGGAUCACGUCUGCCGCGCCGCCACCAGCGAAUGCGAUGUGCCAGAGUACUGCGACGGCGAGAAUGCCACAUGUCCAGAGGACCUGACCGCGCGCAAUGGCUGGCCUUGCUCCAAUAGUCAAGCAUACUGCUGGAGUGGAGUUUGCCAAUCGUUAUCUAGCCAGUGUCAGAGGGCCUGGAACGAUUCAGCUCAAGGACAAGCUGAUCAGUACUGCUUCACCCACCUAAACACGCUUGGAAUGGAAGCGGGCAACUGUGGUUUCAAAUUCGACAAUUCCUCCGCAGCAGCAGGAACGUAUGCAGCUUGUGCAGCAGAAGAUGCCUUCUGUGGUACUUUGUUUUGCCGUCCAGGUCAGAAACAAUUCCCAGUCCGUAGUGAUGUUUUAUCCACAAUCUAUACAUUAGUAAAUGAAGGCAAAUUGUUCGACUGCAAUGGUUUGUUCGUCUCGCUACCAAGAAGCAAUGACGACCCAUCUCUCGUGAAUGACGGAACACUCUGUGAUUCCAGCGGUGCUAACAAGGACCUCGUGUGCCACAAGCAACGCUGCAUGGACAAGUCUCGAGUCACCAGGCCGUGUUCGGCCGAUUCUGAUGGCGGCAAAGAGUGCCAUGGAAUCGGUGUGUGCACAACUGCAACAACCUGCCAUUACCCACCCACACUUGUUGUAAAUUGCACAGUGCCGACACUCACGAAUGGCAAUGCAGACAAGACAAUGGUGUCCUAUCCUCAGAGUGUGAACUACGCGUGUAAUACUGGUUAUAGAAUGAAUGGAUCUGCAACAGCAAUGUGCAGUGCUGAUGGAACUCUACAAAUACCUACUUGCAACAUUGUAAAUUGUACAGCACCCACACUCCUACAUGGCAGUGCAGACAAGAAAACUGUGUCGUACCUUCAGCAUGUGAACUACACGUGUAAUACUGGUUAUAUAAUAAAUGGAUUUGCAACACCAGCAUGCAGUGCUGAUGGAACUCUACAAAUGCCUUCUUGCAACAAUGCAAGUGUAGGUCCCACCACCAUGGCACCUGCUAGCACAGCAGCACCCAGGAGGGAGUACAGCAACAGUACAAUCGACAUCAAGCCUACGCCCAAAGCUGCCUCCGUAGCCUCUUAUGGAGCUGCCAUGCCAUCUCUCUUCACUCAAGUUUUCCUGAUCGUCGCCACACUCCAUCUGUAAACGCUUGCCACCGUGUCUACACUGCAAGAUCACAAGCAAGUUGCGAUAGCAUCACCAUGGCUACAGUGCCUCCAAGUCAGUAGCUGCCGUUGCACUGCCAAGGCUCGCUCUGUUUAACCUGGCGGCUUCCGUUGUUUACGAGUGCUUUGCCAUGAGUAAGGCCAUCUACUUGCUCUGUGGCCGACUUACACGGGUGGACUAUAUUUGGCCACCUUGUUUGUCCCGCAUUCGUUAGUUCACCAGACGCACAUUCAAGUAGUGUGUGUAUGUGGGUGUGUAGGUGUGGGUAUGUACAUGUACGUGUGUUUGGGUGUGUGGAUGUGUUGAUGUGUGGGUGUAGAUGUGCAAUGCUUCGAUUUCUCUCUCUUCUCUUCUCUUCUCUCUUCCUGUCGGUGUCUCCCGCUUCUGGGCCGGCAUGGCCCACACUUCAUGCGUGCUUUUUCCUGUUGUUGUUAUGCCUACUGUGUCCUGCCGCUACUCCGGCUUUGUCUGCGACCACGAUGUGUCUUCCAAUUUUCUCCUUUAUCCUUUCAUUUCUCUUUUUCCUAAAAGCUUUCUUCUCGCCGUGACCACGAUUUUUCUUCUUUUUCUUCUUUUUCUCCUUUCUUUUUUUUCUUUCCUUUUUUUCUCUUCUUCCUUUGCUGAGAGCCUUCUGUUCCCAUAUUUUAUUUUCAUCUGUGUCCCCAUUCCUGGGUUACUUGGACUUCAUUCGCUUCCUUGUCAUUGGAAAUGUUCAGUCCGUUCGGUUUGCAAAUUCAAAUAAACACAUUCAAGUACUAGCAAGUCGAGUUUGUAUUUGCAGUGAUUUCCAAUCCAGAAGUUCUCGUUAGAUGAUGGU